GAUCGUCCUACUCAUCUCGUACAAAAUUAAUUGUGCAUAUAUUGAUGAUAGUGCGAAAUAGUGUUGUAAAAUCUAUCAACCAUCAGAUGCCCUAUAGUUGGUUAUUGCAAACAGGCCAAAUAAUCAACUACUAGCGGAGUUCUAGCCCGCGUGGUGUUCUGCUACCCGUAUCACCUGGAGCGGUGUAAGCAAACUUCUUUGCGCUGGCCUGCGAUAGUGGUAUUAUCAUUAGUAACAUUUUGUUGUAGAAUUCAUGUGAAUGCGUACCAAAAAGGGAAAACAACAGCGCCAGUAUUCCCUAACUGUCGGUUAAGCUAAAGUGAUCAAUACACUUGAAUGACAAUGUGUUGAUUAUAAAGUGAAAAUUGAGCAAAAGAAGAUACGUGAAUUGUGAAGCCUUUUUAAUCGGUGCAUAAAUUCAGUGAGUUAUCUUCGGCGUCAGUGCAAGUUGAUCGUAUCGCUAUAGAUAACAUCAAACGAGUUUAGCCAGUCCACCGUAAGGAUUACUUUCCCGUCAGCGUUGAGCCAAUUCUUCAACAACGAAGAAAAACCAAUCUAACGAGUAGCAAGGAAUCAUAUGCACAGUGAAAGUGUAAACGGAGGAACAGUUUCAUCCAUCAUCGAAACUUGGCUGGCCGCAACCAUGUUGCCCGCGCUCAGAUGAGAAAUCUUCUUUAUGCAUUGCCGUUUAUGGGGAGUGUGCAGUAGCAGCAUACACAGCUUUUAUCGAGAACCUCCCGUGGAACGAAGCGUGAACUGACCGGUCGCGUUUUUAUUUUGUUUGUGCGUUGCUUCCCUCUAAAACAAAUCCACCCGUACGCCUCGCGUCUAGUGUAUCGUCAAAGCUGACAUUUGCGGAGAAAAAAGGCCAACGGUGACCGUGGAAUCGGCAGCCGGCGGUGCGCAGUUAACUGCGGUCGGGGACAAUUGUCGUUGAUUGUUGACCGACGUUCGUCAUCAUCGGCCAUCGGUAGUCGUUGGUUUUGUUUGCCGACGCCGGAAAAGUUGAGCUGGUGGAACAGGAGUGGAUCGGUGUAGGAGUGAAGGAAGCCACCGGGCACGUUUGCAAAUAGAUUUGACUCUGCCCGCGGAGAACAACAACAACCACAGCAACCCCCGGACUCCCGGGAUACCCACCGGGUACGGAACAAUUUUCUACCCAGCCAGUCCGGACGCAACGACAAACACUGAACAAAAUGUCACAUCACAGCGACGAUCAGCUGCUGCAGGCCGGCAGUGACUCUUUCUGGGAGCUGAACAACUACAAACGCACCACCAAGCGGAUAGAGGACGGUUAUAAGCUCUGUACGGAAUUGCAAACCCUCAUCCAGGAGCGUGCCGAAAUCGAGAAAGCUUAUGCCAAAAAUUUAAAAACAUGGUCGAAAAAAUGGGGCGAACUGAUUGAAAAAGGGCCCGAGUAUGGCACAACGGAAGCGGCCUGGAAGGGUAUGCUCACCGAAGCGGAACGACUUUCUGAUUUGCACCUGAAAAUUAAGGCCAACCUGUGCACGGACGUGACACUGCAGAUUAAGGAUUGGCAGAAGGAGAAUUAUCACAAGUCGAUGAUGCAAAUUAAGGAGCGCAAAGAAAUGGAAGAUCAGUUCAAGCGGGCGCAGAAACCUUGGGCAAAGCUUAUGGCAAACGCGGAAAAAGCUAAAACGGAUUACCAUGCUGCCUGCAAAAUGGAAAAAUCGGCCGCCAAUCAGGAACGCAAUGCCACCAGCGAUCAAUCGCUGUCAAACGAUCAGCUCAAAAAGAUGCAGGAACGGGUACAGAAGCUAAAGGAUGAGGUUGCAAAAUGCCGCGAACGGUACGAACAAACACUGAACGAAAUCAAGGAGUACAAUCCCGUGUACAUCGAGAGCAUGACGACCGUGUUCCGAAAGUGCCAAGAGAUGGAAGAGACCCGACUGUGCUUCUUCAAGAACGUGCUAUUUUCGAUACACAAAUGUCUGAACAUUUCUGAAGACCCGAGUUUGCCACAGAUCUACAAGGAGUUCCACCACACGAUUAACAAUGCUGACCACCAGAAGGACCUCAAGUGGUGGUCGAACAACCACGGUGUCAACAUGGGUAUGAGCUGGCCAACGUUUGUGGAGUACACGGAAGAAUUCCGCGACAUUGCGAAGGGAAUCAAAUCCAAAGAAGCUUUACCCACAGCGCCGAUCACGCUCAUUCAUCAGCGACCCGUUGCCGAAGAUUUGCAUGAAUAUCCACCACCACCGGCAAACAACAAUAAACUCGGCGGUGGAAACCGAAACAGUACGGCCCUCAGCAUUACCAAUUCGAACAGCAACAACCGUAGCACGCCAACCCCGAACAACGAUUCACCCAAAUCGGAAACUGCCUCAACGAAGAACGAAACGACGACACCGACCCGAAACUCGCCAGGACGCGGCAACGCUCCUGGAGCGGUUGUUACAAAUGGCAAUUCUGGAUCAAACGGUAAAGCAAACGAAAGCAAUCCUUUCGAGGAGGAGGAAGAAUGGGACGAAGGCGACGGAAAUGAUAACCUGCUGGUGGAUAACGGAGAACCAGGAGUCCCAGUGAAGGCAUUAUACGACUACGAAGGGGCCGAAAGUGAUGAGCUGACGUUCAAGCAGGGCGAUAUGUUUGAAAAACUAGAAGAUGAGGACGAGCAAGGUUGGUGCAAAGGCCGAAAAGACGGCCGAGUGGGACUGUAUCCGGCAAACUACGUCGAAGUGGUGGCAACGUAAGAUGGGCACAUGGCGGAAUGAACGUCGAUGGAACAACCAAUGGAGCGCGUUAGCGUGAUUAAUGGAUGAAGGUAGUACAAUAGCAAAGAAACUGGAGAUCAGUUCGCAAUGAGCUUGCGUUGGUGGAUUUUAUUAAAAAUCGGUAAAGAAAAGGAUCGAAUCGGACGAUGCGAACACACAACAUACACAUCACCACACAUCCAAAGCGUGAAACAAGAACGUAGUCACAGUAGGAAUAGCGAACGGUAAAACAGGGAGAGAAAGUGGCCACAUCUGAAAUCCGUAACCUUUUUUUGUCUACCUUUUUAUCCAUUUACAUUGCGAACAUUGUCCAAGACAGUAUGUGUGAACUGUUUCCUUGGUAUUCUGGGGCUUUGACAUCUCUUGUUCAAGAAUGGUAAGCAUCAAAAUUUCGAUUGACCAAGAGGUGAAGAUUAGUUUUAUACGAAAAUGAGAAAAUAAUACAGCGAUUUGGUUAUGGAACAGGAAAAGAAGGUGGUAAGCCAUACAAUCGGAAACGCGGCUUAAUCACAGGUGUACCGGUAAAGGUGCAUUCUCAAAAGCAGCACCCACUUAGGGAUACAGCUUUUGUCUGGCAUUUUAAGGUACGCGUACGGGAACGACCAAAAGAUUUUUUUUAUCAAAUAUUUUUGACAAUGCUGUUAGUAACUCCGUACACCAAUGCGUGAUUCGGAUUUGUUUGUCAAAGGCAAAGUGAAAUUUUCUUUUUCGAAACACAUUUAUACUGUACAGUUUUCUUUCUUAUUACGAAUAUUUACAUGCUUUGUAGGAGUCUCUUUUUUGUUUGAGCUACUUUCUUACGAGUGUGUUGAACUCGUUGGCAUCUACACAUACUUUGAUAUUGCCCCAAAACAUGUUAUUAUCUAAUAAUUAGAGAAACAUGUUUGUUUAUUUGCGCAUUCUCUGGUUUCUGAAUGAUAGACGACGUUCCCAUGCCCAUUAAUUGUAAAUUAUGAUGCAAAUUGUUUAUCACUGCAUGUAGCAAGGCAUUUAUAGAGACACAAUGAUGGCAGAUGAUGUGUUUGUUAUCCUUUUCCCGUGGUGCGACGUGAUGAUAGAACCUUUCGAACAAAAUGGCUCAACACGUGCGAGGACGAAUGGACGUAUUACAAUUUCUGGUAUGAUACGGUUUAACUAUCACAUCCCACGUAAACUUUUAGAAUUUGAAUCGCCUCGUAGAAUUGAAUUCACCAAUUUUGAUAAUCUAGCGUUGUAGGGAAACAUAAUUCCGGGAUUAGUUGAAGCGAAUAUACCAUCGCCCUGUAGAGUGUGAAAAUUAAAAAUCGAAUAUUUUCUAGCCUCUCCAAUCGUGGUAUCUUUGUAGAGCAAAUGAAAAUAUUAUCGGUAGAUUAAUGCUAAGCACUGGUUUCCAUCACUUCCUUUCCUUCCGAAAAAUACACGUGAGUAGGAAGAAAAUCGACCAGCUCAAAAGCGAGCUUAGUUUAAUUGAGGAAGUAACAUUCGCUCCAAUCCAAAUUUUCUUUUUUCCUCCCAUGUCUGGUAGAAGAAUUAAAAGCAAUUUGAACAAUGAACAAAUAAAACUGAUGCUUUAAAUUUAGAAACCCCAGUUUAGACAAAUAUCGCACACCGGCGAUGACAAGCUUGUUUGAAGAUUGAACAUUUAAGUUGAUAACUCAUUGUCCUAUCGUUUUAUUGUUAUCAAAGGACUUUUAAAAGCAUAUGGAUGAAAGGGAAUCUUGGGAUGGAUAUUGGAGCAUAACGCCCAUUAUACAAAAGAUAUAAACCACUAGCUGCGAAAAUAAAAAAAAAAAACAAAUGAGAUGAAAAGAUAUGAAAGGGAAAUAGUAAGUAUUGCAUGGGGUAAACGUCGAAAAUCACGUUUAUAGCUCGUUUAUGGAAUGAAUGAGGAUGGUCGUCAUGGAAAAGGCGAGAAGAGGGAAAAUGUUGUGUAUUAUAUUAAGUUUGAGGAGAAAAAAUAUAUACAUAGAAAUAUAUUAAGCAGUAGUAGUAUUGUA